AUGAAUGACCUCAAACUUCCAACUGCAUAUCAAGGAGACAAGGAAGACAAUAGCAUUUUUGUUCACAAGGAAUGGAGAAAGUAUUGUUUGCUGUACUGUUGCAUCUUCCCUGAGAAUCACUGGAUAUCAAGAAGGAGAAUGGUCCGGUUAUUGGUAGCUGAGGGUCUGGUGCAAGAAAAGGCAGGCGAAGUUAUGGAAGAUGUAGCUAAAGAAUAUAUAAACCAAUUUGUAAACAAGGGAAUGCUUCAGCUUAAGGAAGAAGAAGCAAACAGAGAGAUGAAACUCAAGGUGCCUUCUAUGCAUCACAAGUUCCUUCUCAGUGAAAAUCUCAUUUUUACAAUUACCAAUGCAGAUUCUAUUCUCCCCAAAACUGCUCGCCGCAUUUCAAACUACACAGACAUUGUAAAGAUAGCCUCCAAUGUAGAAGAGCUUCAACCUCGGUAUUUUUGUUUGGAAAUCACGGCACCUCCAGAUGGUAAUUCGUUGGAUUUUCAAUGGGCAAAAUUUUUGCGGAUGCUAGAUCUUGAAGACAGCGGGCCAAAAAGCUUACCAGAUGAAAUAGGAAACCUGAUCCACAUGACCUAUCUUGGCUUGAAAGGAACUGACAUUGACCAGCUUCCACCAAAAGUUGGUAAUUUACAAUAUCUACAAACCUUGGACAUCAGAAGGUGUAGGAACUUCGCAGAAUUAUCAACUGAAGUCCUGAAACUUGCAGGACUGAGAAGCCUCAAAAUGUUCAUAACAUUCAAUGGAGGAGGGAAAAAGCCACCAGCAGGGUUAAGUGGAUGGAAAAACCUCCAGACACUCACUGGAACACACCCUGGUGAUACUGUUGCAACAGAAUUAGGCAACUUGAUUCGGCUCAGGAGGCUGGGAUUGAUGGACGCGGCCGAAGAGAAUGCCAAUGAGCCAUUUGCCUCCAUUAUGAAGAUGCAGAGUCUUCUGAGUUUGUCCUUUGAAGCAAAACAUUCUUUCAACACACAGAGAAUUGUCCUCUUGGAGUCAUUCUCACCUCCAUCAUUUCUUAGGAAACUUCACUAG